GCUGCGCUGUCCGUCUUCCGCCAUUCGCAUUCGCUUCCCUGAUUCCAGGCUAACUUGUACGUUUCGAAAUGAAGAGGGAUAAUCCGGGUAAUGGUCCAGACGCUCCUCCCACCAAGUUCCAACGACCGGCUACCGAUACUUCUAAUGUGAUUAUAAGAUUUUUAAUUCCCUGCCGUGCCGCUGGUAUAAUGAUUGGCAAAGGUGGGGAAAACAUCAAAAAGAUGAGAGCACAGGUACGUUUCGCAUUCCUUUCUAACUUACGAUUUCUGCUUCUCCGUGAUCCCGACUGACACGAUUCUCUGUUUUAUGUCUCUCUUUGCUCCACCAAACGUACUGGACCUUGACACGAACUUGGCGACUCCCACUGAUUAUCCCAAUGGUUGGGUUGGUGUCCCUUAUCCGCCUAAUCCGCACCUUGAUGUCUCCGGCUCAAACCUGAACCUGGCCUUGAUUUACCCGUCCCUUGUCUCAGUAUAACGUCAAACUGAAUAUACCAGACAACAGAGGCCCAGAACGGUAGGGUGAAAGUUGGACUUUCCUUUGACUGAAUUGUUUUGAUUGAUUGUAUGAUCUACUUCAGUUAUUAUGUUAAUAUGGCGCUUUUUGUAAUGUCUAGCUUAGCUUUUCAUCUUAAUUAGUUUUAUCACAACGCUUCAUCCGUGGGACUGCUACUUACUGGUCGUUGCCUUCUCUGCGGAAUGUGUCAAGAAUCUUAUGCUUGCAUAGGGUGUCGGGGUUGUGCUGUUAUCCUUGAAACUAUCGCUACUCGCACUGAAACACCGCUUCGCGCUAAUACGCAUAACCGACACGCUUGUCGGGAAUGAAGGACCUGAAAAAGUCUCGAUCUGUUUUCCGUAAUUCAGUCUACUCGGUUUGGUUUCUGACAAGGUUUUCAGUACCCGGCGAGACCACGAUUGGCUACGCUGGUUCGAUCCCUAAGAUCAACGUUCCCGCUGAUCCUCAAAGCUUGUCAAGCAUCACCGUCGCACAUUCUGUUGUCUCUUGUUGCGAGGGCUAAGCUCUGGGCAUUACCGAUGUAUCCUUUUUGGUCAGAUCGCUUGGUUGCUCAUCCUUUCUUACUUCCAAUUGGUUGUUUAUUUGCAAUUGAUUGCGCAUUUUAGGAUCAUGACCAUAGAGGGUGAUCUUCAAGCCAUUUGCAGCGUCAUGCGCGAAGUAUCUCCCAAGUUGAGGGUAGGUGUCACUUUUCAUUCUAAGUUGGCUAGGAUAUAAUGAAUGCUAAACUGUCUGACCCCAAACGCAUUAUGGGUCAUUUCGUCCCACGUCGCCGCGGGAGGCCCCAAGGGAAAGAUUCGAACGAGCCAGAACCAGAAGAGGACGAGGACGAUAGUAUGCUCGAUUACCGGAUACUGGUUCACGAGAGCCAAGCGGGUUCUGUGAUCGGCAGAGGAGGCGAGCGCAUCAAAGAACUUCGUGACAAAUACAGAAUGCGCGUAAUCAAGGUCUAUCAGAUGCUGGCUCCCUUGUCAACCGAUCGCGUUGUACAAAUGGUCGCUGAACCCGACAACGCCAUUUCCUGUCUCAAAUCCGUCGUUGAGGCGGUUGAGUCCGCUCCUCCGAGAGGUCGCCGCGAAGACUACGACGCCGCCAACUUUAUAGAAGCUGAUGCCCUGAAUUACGGUGGUUGGCUGUCACGGGAGGCGGCACAAGCGCUUUCGCAAGGAAUGCCCAUUCCACGACCUGGUAUGCCACCAAUGGGUUACAUGAACGAUCCGUACAUGAUGGGCGGUGGUAUGGGUCCGAUGCCUGGUGGAAUGGGACCCAUGGGAGGAAUGGGUCCUAUGGCUGGAAUGGGACCUAUGCCUGGUGGUCGCGGUCCAAUGGGUGGCGGACGCGUUCCUCCUGUUAGUGGACGCGGUCCCAGAUCUGCUGGCCCCAUGGGAGGCGGCAUCCCCCCUGGAGGCCCACGGUCAAUGAUGGGCAAUGCGGCAGGGCCAGCGCCUGUUCCACCACCUGGUGGUUUACGCGGAUCUAAUCCACCUGCCGGUAGCAGUGUCGGUACCUACGGUGGUCCUGGUGGAGCGUCAUUCGGCGGACAAAGUGGCGCUUCUGGAUACGAUGCCACUGGAGGCUACGACAAUGGUAUGUAUGGUGGAAUGGAACCUUCCGGACAAUCCGGUUACGGUGGACAAGGAUUCGGCGGGUCGCCAGGAACUAGUGUUCCUUCUGUUGGAAGCUAUAGCACCGCAGGCUACGGUCCUGGUGCUACACGGGGUGCCGGCGAUAUGCCUCCGUCUUCAGGAUUGCCAGCUCGUGGCGGGACGUACGCUGGUUACGGUACAACAAACCCCGGAAUGCACGAAGAUGCAAAAGUCAGUCAGUGGUAUGGCGGAUGGUCCUAAUUCUGUAACGAGCAUUUUUUAAUGGUCGUCAUCUUAUCUAAUUGUUAAUAUAUACUACUCCCU